AUGCAUAACUAAGUAAAUGAAAGAUUGCAAAAAGUAUAUUUAUAUUAUAAGAUUAGCCAAUUUUUAAUUUUAGUGAAAUACAUUAAAGAUGGGGUGCAGAUUGUGGUUGCAAAAAUGCCUUAGAGGAAAAUAUUAAGAAAUACAGUAAGGGAUAAAAUUGA